UUAUUUUCGGGAAUUCAUCGUUGUCAAGCCGCCAAAGUGGAGAGUGUGAUUGCAGAAGGGGGUGCUUCUCGUUUCAGUGCUUCUUCGGGUGGGGGAGGAGGUAGGGGUGCCUCUCAGUACCAUCCCAAGACUGUCGGCAACAGCGAGUUCCUGGGGAAAGCCCCAGGAUCUAGCGUUCAGAGAUGGGUUCCUUCACGAAGCACUAGACGAGAUGCCAAUGCCUCCAAUGAAAAAGAACGACAUGAUGCAAUCUUCAGGAAAGUGAGAGGCAUACUUAAUAAACUGACCCCCGAGAAGUUUGACAAGCUAUGCCUUGAGCUCCUGAAUGUGGGCGUAGAUUCAAAACUCGUCCUAAAAGGAGUGAUCUUGCUGAUUGUUGACAAAGCCCUCGAAGAGCCCAAGUAUAGCUCGCUUUAUGCACAGCUAUGUCUGCGCUUGGCAGAGGACGCACCGAACUUUGACGGCCCAUCGCCAGAGAUCCAAACGCCACAAAAACAAAGCACCACAUUCAGGAGACUUUUGAUUUCUAAGCUUCAAGAUGAAUUUGAGAACCGCGCCAGAAAUGUUGAAAUCUAUGACAAACAUGACAACCCUCUUACAUCUGAGGAAGAAGAGCAGCAUGCCAUUGCCAAGUUUAAGAUGCUGGGAAAUAUCAAAUUCAUUGGGGAACUUGGCAAACUCGAUCUUAUCCAUGAAUCUAUCCUUCAUAAGUGCAUCAAAACACUUUUGGAAAAGAAGAAGAGAGUCCAACUUAAAGAUAUGGGGGAAGAUUUGGAGUGCCUCUGUCAGAUAAUGAGAACAGUGGGGCCUAGACUCGAUCAUGAAAAGGCUAGGUCUUUAAUGGAUCAGUACUUUGGCCGUAUGAAAUCCUUAAUGAACAACAAGGACUUGCCGGCAAGGAUUCGUUUCCUGGUGCAGGAUUCGGUGGAGUUGCGAGAGAACAAUUGGGUGGCUCGCAAAGCUUUUAUCGAUAAUGGACCAAAGACGAUUAACCAGAUUCGUCAGGAAGCAGUAAAAGAUUUGGGUGUUUUUAUUCCACCAAUGGCCCAGGGAAUGAGAACUGACUUCUUUUUGGAGGGGCCCUUCAUGCCUAGGUUGAAACUUGACAGGGAAACUCUUGGCGGGUUGGCGGAUAUGUUUGGACAGAUGCCAGGGAGUGGGAUCGGCACAGGCCCUGGAGUGAUUCAGGACCGGUAUUCGCCCACCAUGGGCCGUCACCGCACCAACCCACUCUUCAACGGGCACACAGCCCCUGCUACCCAGUCUCAGUUUGAGAUGGGAGGCAAGCCCUUCAUCAAAUCUAACCAGGGGCAGAAUCCAAUGUUCCAGAACCAGCAACAGCAGGCUCAGUCUAAGGACAUGGCACCGCGUUUCAUCAAGAAAGGAUCGCUCAACGCUGAUGAGAUCAGUCUAAGGCCGGCACAGUCAUUCCUUCUCAACACAAACCAAGUGCCAAAGUUGCAGCCGCAGAUACCAACAAUGAUUCCUCCAAGUGCUCAACCUCCACGCACUCAAACGCCACCACUGGGACAGCCUCCUCUGCUUGGUCUGAAAACCAACCCUCCUCCAAUUCAGGAAAAACCUCCAAAGACCACCAAGAAACCGCCUCCUGCAAAGGAAGAGUUGCUUAAGAUGACCGAGACCAUAGUGAUCGAUUACCUGAACAGCAAAAACAUUGAUGAAGCUGUGAACAGUGUAAGAGAGAUGAAGGCUCCCAAACACUUCCUGCCUGAGAUGUUGAGCAAGAUCGUGAUCUCUUCUCUUGACUGCCCAGACGAAGACAAGGAGCAUGCCAGCACCUUGAUCCACACACUCCGCACAGAGGGCCUUGUUACUGGGGAGAGCUUCAUGCGGGCUUUUCUCAGUGUUCUGGACCAGUGUCCCAAGAUCGAAGUGGACAUUCCUCUGGUGAAGUCCUACUUGGCCCAGUUUGCAGCGCGAGCCAUCAUCGCAGAGCUGGUGAGCAUGGACGAGCUCGCCCACCCUCUGGAGAAUGGCACCCACUUCCCCCUCUUCCUGCUUUGUCUGCAACAGACUGCUAAGCUGAAGGAUCGUGAGUGGCUCACUGAUCUAUUCCAGCAAAGCAAGGUCAACAUGCAGAAGAUGCUGCCUGAAAUUGACCAAAACAAGGAUCGCAUGCUGGAGAUCUUGGAGGGCAAAGGCCUGAGCUUCUUAUUCCCACUCAUGAAGCUGGAAAAGGAACUGCUGAAGCAGAUCAAAGCAGACCCCUCUCCCCAGUGCAUUUACAAGUGGAUCAAGGACAACAUCUCCCCUAAGCUCCACACUGACAAGGGCUUCGUCAACAUCCUCAUGACCAGUUUCUUGCAGUACAUUGCCCAAGAGAUAAAUGCCAGUGAGGAAGAAGACCAGUUAUCAGUCCCCACUAAAGAACAGCUGGACCAGGAGAAGCAGCUGCUGCUGGUCUUCAAGCCAGUGAUGCAGAAGUUCCUGCAUGAUCACCAGGAUCUGCAAGUCGUUGCCCUCUACGCACUGCAGGUCCACUGCAAUGCUAAAACUUUCCCUAAAGGAAUGUUACUGCGCUAUUUUGUCCACUUCUAUGAUAUGGAAAUCAUUGAAGAAGAAGCCUUCCUUGCAUGGAAAGAAGACAUAACUCAAGAGUUUCCUGGGAAGGGGAAAGCAUUAUUCCAGGUCAACCAGUGGCUGACCUGGCUGGAGACUGCUGAGGAAGAGGAGUCUGAGGAGGAAGCUGACUGAAGAACCAGCCAAAAGCCUAAUGGUGCAGAAAUGCUAUUGAUAUAAUACCGCUUUUGUUUCUUUCCCAUCCUCCCUGUCCCAAUAUGAUAUGCAUACCUAACCACUGCAACACUUCAUUCAUCCUCCCUGUCCCAAUAUGAUAUGCAUACCUAACCACUGCAACACUUCAUUCAUCUACCCUGUCCCAAUAUGAUAUGCAUACCUAACCACUGCAACACUUCAUUCAUCCUCCCUGUCCCAAUAUGAUAUGCAUACCUAACCACUGCAACACUUCAUUCAUCCUCCCUGUCCCAAUAUGAUAUGCAUACCUAACCACUGCAACACGUCAUUCAUCUACCCUGUCCCAAUAUGAUAUGCAUACCUAACCACUGCAACACUUCAUUCAUCUACCCUGUCCCAAUAUGAUAUGCAUACCUAACCACUGCAACACUUCAUUCAUCCUCCCUGUCCCAAUAUGACAUGCAUACCUAACCACUGCAACACUUCAUUCAUCUACCCUGUCCCAAUAUGAUAUGCAUACCUAACCACUGCAACACUUCAUUCAUCUUCCCUGUCCCAAUAUGAUAUGCAUACCUAACCACUGCAACACGUCAUUCAUCUACCCUGUCCCAAUAUGACAUGCAUACCUAACCACUGCAACACUUCAUUCAUCUACCCUGUCCCAAUAUGAUAUGCAUACCUAACCACUGCAACACUUCAUUCAUCCUCCCUGUCCCAAUAUGAUAUGCAUGCCUAACCACUGCAACACUUCAUUCAUCUACCCUGUCCCAAUAUGAUAUGCAUACCUAACCACUGCAACACUUCAUUCAUCCUCCCUGUCCCAAUAUGAUAUGCAUACCUAACCACUGCAACACUUCAUUCAUCUUCCCUGUCCCAAUAUGAUAUGCAUACCUAACCACUGCAACACUUCAUUCAUCCUCCCUGUCCCAAUAUGAUAUGCAUACCUAACCACUGCAACACGUCAUUCAUCUACCCUGUCCCAAUAUGAUAUGCAUACCUAACCACUGCAACACUUCAUUCAUCUACCCUGUCCCAAUAUGACAUGCAUACCUAACCACUGCAACACGUCAUUCAUCUACCCUGUCCCAAUAUGAUAUGCAUACCUAACCACUGCAACACUUCAUUCAUCUACCCUGUCCCAAUAUGACAUGCAUACCUAACCACUGCAACACUUCAUUCAUCUUCCCUGUCCCAAUAUGAUAUGCAUACCUAACCACUGCAACACUUCAUUCAUCUUCCCUGUCCCAAUAUGAUAUGCAUACCUAACCACUGCAACACUUCAUUCAUCCUCCCUGUCCCAAUAUGACAUGCAUACCUAACCACUGCAACACUUCAUUCAUCUUCCCUGUCCCAAUAUGAUAUGCAUACCUAACCACUGCAACACUUCAUUCAUCCUCCCUGUCCCAAUAUGACAUGCAUACCUAACCACUGCAACACUUCAUUCAUCCUCCCUGUCCCAAUAUGACAUGCAUACCUAACCACUGCAACACUUCAUUCCCCAUCCCUGUCCCAAUAUGAUAUGCAUUGCAUACCUAACCACUGCAACACUUCAUUCCCCUAUCAGGUUUUUGGCCAUAUUAAGCCAAUGCAUGUUUAGUCCCCCCCAUGGCUCUUUUCUAGCGCUUAUGCAUAAUAAUGGUUUGCCAUCUGUUUUAAGAGCCCCUUUUAAGAUCAAUGGUAUCAGCUGCUUUGAAUCUAGACUUGUUUUUCUCUAAGACAAUUGAAUUUCAAGGGCCUUGUUCCUGCUGCUGAAUGCUAUGAUUUUAUUUUUGUUGUUGUUAGCCGAUGAGCAACACUGUAGAGAUGCACUUUGCUCAACGUCAUACAUGAGUCGUUGCAAUAUUCACUCAUCCCUUGAUUGUUACAAAGAAUCCUCAACUGUAAUCAUUGGUUACCAUAACAUUUAAUGGUUUAUAUUUGCUUGUUUCUACCUCCUCAUUAUGGGCUUCAUGUGUUGGGUUUGAAUUGCUUAAUGUCUCCAUUUCAAGUGAAAAUACUUAGUCUGGACUAAUGCACAAGUCUGUAAUAAAAAAACGGUUUUACUUGCACAAUAUCCUGAUUGUAAGAAUUCAAAUUCAGACCUUUAAGUGCUUUUGUGGAUGUAUGGCACAUCGCCUGGGAGAGAUGAAAUUAUGCGGCCUUGUUAAUUUAUCAACCCUCAUUGCUGUGUACCUCCCUCUGUAUCUGUCAUACAUUGUGAUACUUGAAUUGUCUUUACGGGGAACAACCAAACAAUGUGUGAGUUGGUUUAGCAUGGCUCGGUGCCCCAGCUGAGGGGUGAUUUCACUUAAGGACCAAUGGAAUGGUCUAAACAUUUGCAAACUAACCCACCUGGGGCAUCGGGCCAUGCAAAAUGAACUCGCACACGGUCUGUUCUCAUGCAACAAUUUUCAAACUACACAAGUGCAACAUGUUUUAAUUGGUGAAUAAAGAUAACAUGAGAAAUGAAUUUGAUUUUGUUACACUUUAACUCUGCCCCCCCCCCCCUCGUGUGAAAAAUUGAAGCCUGUUUGCCAUAAUGUCUGAUCCAGAUAUUUAUUGAUUGUUUUUAUCAAGAUUAAAAAAAUAUAUAAUCUCAAUUUACUAUGAUCUAAUGAAAUCACGAGGUAUACAUCUGUACAGUACAACUUUCUGUAAAAGUGUUACUGUAAGGUUCUGUAACUGCUAAGAAUGUUCUUGUGUACCACUAUUGCUUAACUUUUAAAUAAAGUUAAACACUGAGUUCACUUAA